CUCUUGCUUUUGGUAUUAUAAAUUGCACCAUCCACUGCUCUUCAGUACUCAGAACCUGCAUUGAUCGUCUGUUUGCGACUCAAUUCUUCUUCCUCAAAUCUCUCCUGAUCUCUGUUCUUGAAGCUCACAAUGGCUGGCGAUCUGUCCAACGUUCAGGCUUCAUCUCCACUGGAGAUGAAUGGUCUUGGACCUCUUGACCAGAAGCUAGUUAUGGCAAAGCGCUAUGGCCAUGAGGGAGUGGUGGCAGGAACAAGAGCAGCUGUGCUUGCUACCAUUGCCAGUGCAGUUCCUACUUUGGCAAGUGUGAGGAUGUCACCAUGGGCAAAGCGCAACCUCAACCCCACUGCUCAAGCCCUCAUUGUUUCAUUAGUGGCUGGCUCGGCCUACUUCAUUGCGGCAGACAAGACGGUCUUGGCCACAGCAAGGAAGAACUCCUUCCGGCCCUUGCAACCAUAGAACUAGCUCAUGUACUGAUUCGGUUAAAGCGCCGCCGCCUGAUGACUGUGCCGUCUUUCCUCUUUUCUCUUAUUUUUCUGUGCAUUGUAUUGUAUAUUUGUUCCUCCUACUUGUGUUUUUUGUGUAAUUUUGUUCUUUGCAGAUUGUUUUUGUAUUUAGGAGACCUCUUGUCCCCAAAUUUUGUUAUAUAUUCCCAUUUUAUUG